GAACCAUGUGUGAACAGAUAGUUAGUUCAUUCAUUGGUAUUGAAUGAAUGGCAGAGACUGCAGCUUGGUCCUAUUCCUAUAACCUAGGUUCAAAACCUGUGUAGUGUACUUAUUUAUCCAACUCUAUCUUUUUUCUCCACUUGAAGAAAUAAUGGCAAAACCAUUUCCACAUUCACAACACCUACUCCUCUUCAUCUUCUUCCUUUCCACCAUUCAUCUCUCACAACAGUUACAAUUUUCUCAGUCUCAAACACUUUACAAACUUCAAGAAAUUCUUGGCUACCCUUCAUCACUAAAAACAUUAAGCAGCACCACAGAUUUCUGCAACAUUGAACCUACUCCAUAUUUAACACUAGUGUGCUAUGAAGAAAAUGUUACACAGUUGCAUGUUGUUGGAAACACCAAUGAGUUCACCUCAUUGCCUCAAAAUUUCAACUCAUACACACUCUUUUCAACACUUUCCACUUUAUCAAGCUUGAAAGUACUCUCUUUGGUUUCACUUGGUUUAUGGGGGCCACUACCUGAAACAAUAGCUCAAUUAUCUUCACUAGAAAUACUUAACAUUAGCUCAAAUUACUUUAGUGGAGAAAUACCAUCUCAACUUUCACAUCUUAACAAUCUUCAAUCAUUAGUACUUGAUGAUAACCAUUUCAAUGGUCAAAUUCCAAAUAUUUUAGGCUCACUUCAUGGUUUAGUUGUGCUUAGUAUGAAGAAAAAUUUCAUUAGUGGAAGUUUACCAAAUUCAGUGAAUGAUCUUGUUACUCUUAGAGUUUUGGAUCUAUCAAAUAAUCAGUUAUUUGGUGAAUUACCUCAUUUUCAUAAGUUGGUUAACCUUCAAGUACUUCAUUUGGAAAAUAACACAUUAGGAUCUGAUUUUCCUUCACUUCCUAGAAAGAUAGUUUCACUUGUGCUUAGAAACAAUAGCUUUAGGCUUGGUAUACCUUCUAAUAUAAGUUCUUUAUAUCAACUUCAGAAAUUGGACCUUUCUUUGAAUGGUUUUGUAGGACCGUUUCCACCGUCUUUAUUGUCACUCCCUUCGAUCAAUUACCUUGAUGUUUCUUCAAAUAAGUUCACUGGUAUGCUUUUCAAGAAUUUUUCAUGCAAUGAGGAUCUUCACUUUGUGAAUUUAUCUUCAAAUCUUUUGAAAGGUGAACUACCUAGUUGUUUGAGACCAAAAACGAGAGUUGUUUUGUAUGCUAGGAAUUGUUUAUCAAAUGAGAAACAAGAUCAGCAUAGUUACAAUUUCUGCAGCAGUGAAGCUUUAGCGGUGAAUAUCUCGCCUCAUCGACAACAGAAGCAUAAGGGAACAAUAAGCAAAGCAGUAGUUGUUUCAUCAAGCAUAGGAGUUGUUGGAUUAUUGAUUGUUGGAGUUGUUAUCUUGGUUGUAAAUCAGGUUCAUCGAAAAAAUGCUACGAAAGAAACUUCAUUGUCAACAUUGGAACAUGUUAUUAUUAGUCAGAUAAAUAAUGAAGAGAAAGUGAAAAGUACUGCAAGGUCUAUAGUGGAGUAUUUCAGCAGAUGGGUUCCUGAUAAAAAUGUCAUGAAAAAUCUGACAAGAUCCAUAAAGAAACAUAUAAUGAGCCGAUUCAAUAACAGACGCCUUGUGAGGGCGCCUUCAAGGUCCAUAAUAGAACAUGUAUCAUCAUUAAACACUGCAAAACUACUCACUGAUGCAAGGUGUAUAUCUGAAACAAUGAAGAUGGGGACUGGUCUUCCUGCAUAUAGGACCUUUCCUUUGGACCAACUUAAGGAAGCUACAAAUAAUUUUGAUGCAUCAAGUCUCAUAAGUGAAGGUCCACUUGGUCAGAUAUAUAAAGGGGUGCUCUCUGAUGGGAUGCAUAUUACCAUUAGAGGAAUGAAGAUACGAAAGAGGCACAGCCCUCAGGCCUAUAUGCACCAUGUUGAGUUGAUUUCAAAACUCAGGCAUUCACAUUUGGUUAGUUCACUUGGUCAUUCUUUUGAAUGCAACCAGGAAGAUUCAAGUGUCAACACUAUUUUUCUCAUAUUUGAGUUCGUUCAAGACAAAAGUUUAAGAAGCCGCGUCUCCGGAUCAAACGGAGAAAAGCUUAGUUGGACACAGAGAAUAGCGGCCACAAUUGGAGUAGUGAAAGGCAUUCAAUUUUUGCAUACAGGGAUAGUGCCUGGACUGUAUUCAAAUAAUCUCAAGAUAACUGAUAUUCUUUUGGAUAACAAUCAUAAUGUUAAAAUAAGCAGUUAUAAUCUGCCACUUUAUGCUGAAAACAAAAGAAUGGUCAGCAAUGGAACUUCUCCUGCAGUAAAAGGAAAUCUCCAAGCAAGGAUAAACGACGGAGACAAGAAUGAUGUCUAUGAUAUUGGGGUAAUCUUGCUAGAAAUCAUUCUGGGAAGACCAAUAAUGUUCCACAAUGAAGUUGGAACAUUGAAAGAUCUUUUACAUGUAAGCAUAAAAACCGAUGAUAUAGCAAGAAGGAGUAUUGUUGAUCCAUUUGUUCAUAAGGAAUGUUCAGAUGAAUCAUUGAUGAAAAUGAUGGAGAUAUGUGUAAGGUGUCUUUCUAGUGAACCAAAUGAAAGACCUUCUGUGGAAGAUAUUCUUUGGAAUUUACAGUUUGCAGCACAAGUUCAGAAUUCAUGGAAAAGAGAAACAAGUGAUCAUAGAGACUCACCUAUAUCAUCCUCAAGAGAGAUAUAAGGUUACUAUGAAAUUUAUAGGGUGUAUGCUACUUUGUACAAAAUGUUUCAUUUUAUAUAUACAUAAUAUUGUAUGAGCAUGAUUAAUUAUCACAGUUUUAAAAUUAUCUUUGUUACCAGAAUUCACUAAAUACUUGUUCAUCAA